UCUCUUCUCUAGCUCCUCCUGCUGAUCACAUAUUUAAUAUACGGUCAUGUGAACAAACUGCGUCCAGAAAGGCGCUAUAUAAACCUACAGCUUCUCUGUCUGAGGACACUUACACUGCUUUAGGACACUUGAGGACACUUGAGAGAACCGCGGCACAGCUGUCAUAAUGUCUCACGGAUGGGGAUACGCAGACCACAACGGACCUCAGAAAUGGUGUGAAAACUUCCCCAUUGCUAAUGGACCUCGCCAGUCUCCAAUAGACAUUCAAACCAGUGGAGCGUCUUAUGAUGCUACACUGAAGCCGCUGAAACUGAAGUAUGACCCCACCACUUCACUGGACAUCCUGAAUAAUGGACACUCUUUCCAAGUGACCUUCGCCGAUGAUAACGACAGCUCAAUGCUGACAGACGGCCCGAUCUCAGGUAAAUACAGACUCAAACAGUUCCACUUCCACUGGGGGUCCAGUGACGACAAAGGCUCCGAGCACACAGUCGAUGGGAAAUGCUACCCAGCCGAGCUCCAUCUGGUCCACUGGAACACAAAAUAUCCCAGCUUUGGGGAAGCAGCCAAUAAGCCUGAUGGUCUUGCUGUGGUCGGAGUUUUUCUGAAGAUCGGUGAAGACAAUCCUAAGCUUCAGAAGGUUCUGGAUGCUAUGGAUGCUAUCAAGUCCAAGGGAAAGCAGACCUCAUUCACAAACUUUGACCCAACCUGCCUGCUCCCGAAAUCUCUGGAGUACUGGACGUACCCAGGGUCUCUGACAACCCCCCCUCUGUACGAGAGCGUCACAUGGAUCGUCUGCAAGCAGCCAAUCAGCGUUAGCUCUGCGCAGAUGAAAAAAUUCCGAUCUCUGCUUUUUACCGCAGAGGAAGAGAAGGCCUGCUGCAUGGUGAAUAACUAUCGCCCCCCUCAACCUCUUAAAGAUCGCAAAGUCUGUGCCUCUUUCAAGUGAAGGAUCCCCCAGACCCCGCCACCCCUUCCCCCCUUCCUUAGUAGGAUUUGCAAGCGCGGG